AUGGACACAGCAUGUGUGGGAGACAGUCUGAGAGAGUGCCAAGGUAAACAGUGCCUGACCACAUGUUCUCCCAGGCAAGAAGCAAGGCAAUCUGGCCUCUCUCCAGACUGCACAUCUGCAGCAGCACACAGUCAAUCCCCCUGUUUAACUGACCCAGCCAAGGAGAGGAGACAGGGAUGAGAGGAGAGAGUCUAGGGGUGGAAUGGAAGAGAAGGAGUAGAGGGGAAGACUAGGCCAGGGGGAAUGAGUGGAGGGGGGAGGGAGUCUAAUGGGGGAGUAAAGAGGGAAAAGUAGUGGAGGAGGAGGUGAGGAGGGUCAUUUUCCCAGACAGAAAGAACCUGCUUCCCUCAGUAUCACAGACAGAGAACCCUCCGACAACCCCUACACAACCCAGGCCAGGUGAAAUGACAAGAGAGUUAGGUCUACCUGCUGAUAUAUGGGCUAAUUUAACAGAUGAAAGACAACACAAAAACCUGUCUUCGAGAGCUGAGGAGGUGGACUAAGAUAAGCUAACGUGCCAUCUAAUUUAAAUGUGAAUCCAUGGACCCAUAUGCUGACAGUAUGGGAUUGACGGAGGUUGGUGUCACACAGCGAUUGAGGUGCACAUUCGCACUGGUGUAAAAACCCCAUUAUACCAGGAGCUGAAUAGUGUCCCACUACUGGAGCUGUGCAUCAGCCCUCAGCCUUGGAAAAAGAUGGAUUGUUGUUGCAUAAAAUAAAUCAUGUCCAGCUUCCGCUAGUAUGCUGUGCUCCAUCUACAGUAUGUUUGCAAGGAAAAAUACAAGAACAUGUACGUGCCUGUACACAAAGCCUUGGCCUUGAAUGAAUUGGAGACAGUUAUGUGUGCCUUUUCAAUAAGCCUGUCUUUAAGAAGAAUGACUUCUCAAGAGAUUUUGUGCCUAUCUGUGUGAGUGUGUACAUCUGUCUGAAGUCCGUUGGUAUUAUCAGAAAGAUUAGUGGUUUGGUUCAUCAGGCUUGCUUCCUAACACUAUACUACAGCUUCAUUGGCCCAAACUGUGGAUUCGGAAAGUAUUCAGACCCGUUGACUUUUUCCACAUUUUGUUACGCUACAGCCUUAUUCUAAAAUGGAUUAAAUUAAAUCAGUCUACACACAAUACCCGACAAUGACAAAGCGAAUACAGGUUUUUAGAAAUGUUUGAAAAAAACAAAAACAAAAAAAACAGGAAUACCUUAUUUACAUAAGUAUUCUGACCCUUUGCUAUGAGACUCGAAAUUGAGCUCAGGUGCAUCCUGUUUCCAUUGAUCAUCCUUGAGAUGUUUCUACAACUUGAUUGGAGUCCACCUGUGGUAAAUUCAAUUGAUUGGACAUGAUUUGGAAAGGCACACACCUGUCUAUAUAAGGUCCCUCAGUUGACAGUGCAUGUCAGAGCAAAAACCCAACAAUGAGGUCGAAGGAAUUGUCCGUAGAGCUACGAGCCAGGAUUGUGUCGAGGCACAGAUCUGGGGAAGGGUACCAAAAAAUGUCUGCAGCAUUGAAGGUCCCCAAGAACACAGUGGCCUCCAUCAUUAUAAAAUGGAAGAAGUUUGGAACCACCAAGACUCUUCCUAGAGCUGGCCGCCCGGCCAAACUGGGCAAUCGGGGGAGAAGGGCCUUGGUCAGGGAGGUGACCAAGAACCCGUUGGUCACUCUGACAGAGCUCAAGGGUUCCUCUGUGGAGAUAGGAGAACCAUCCAGAAGGACAACCAUCUCUGCAGCACUCCACCAAUCAGGCCUUUAUGGUAGAGUAGCCAGACGGAAGCCACUCCUCAGUAAAAGGCACAUGAUAGCCCGCUUGGAGUUUGCCAAAAGGCACCUAAAGGACUCUCAGACCAUGAGAAACAAGAUUCUCUGGUCUGAUGAAACCAAGAUUGUUCUCUUUGGCCUGAAUGCCAAGCAUCACGUCUGGAGGAAACCUGGAACCAUCCCUACGGUGAAGCAUGAUGGUGGCAACAUCAUGCUGUGGGGAUGUUUUUCAAAAGCAGGGACUGGGAGACUAGUCAGGAUCGAGGGAAAGAUGAACAGAGCAAAGUACAGAGAGAUCCUUGAUGAAAAUCUGCUCCAGAGCGCACAGGACCUCAGACUGGGCGAAGGUUCACCUUUGAACAGGACAAUGACCCUAAGCACACAGUCAAGACAACGCAGGAGUGGCUUUGGUACAAGUCUCUGAAUGUCCUUGAGUGGCCCAGCCAGAGCCCGGACUUGAACCCGAUCGAACAUCUCUGGAGAGACCUGAAAAUAGCUGUGAAGCGAAGCUCUCCAUCCAACCUGACAGAGCUUGAGAGGAUCUGCAGAGAAGAAUGGGAGAAACUCCCCAAUACAGGUGUGCCAGGCUUGUAGUGUCAUACCCAAGAAGACUCGAGGCUGUAAUCGCUGCCAAAGGUGCUUCAGCAAAGUACUGAGUAAAGAGUCUAAAUACUUAUGUAAAUGUGAUAUUUCCGUUUUUUAUUUUUAUGAAUUUGCAAAAUUUUCUAAAAACCUGUUUUUGCUUUGUCAUUAUGGGGUAUUGUGUGUAGAUUGAUGAGGGGGGGGGAAACAAUUUAAUCAAAUUUAGAAUAAGGCUGUAACGUAACAACGUGGAAAAAGUCAAGGGGUCUGAAUACUUUCUGAAUGCAUUGUAUCUCAUUUAUUGCAAUAUUAUCUGGGCUAGUACAUAUGCUUCCUAUCUACAUAAAUUACUCAUCACACAAAAUACAUUUGCAAGACUAGCCACCUCCUCUAACUACAUGGCUCCAUCUGACCAUCUGUUUAAGAAACUCAUUAUAUUGUCUAUCUACAACAUUAAUAUACUCCAAUUAUGCACUUUAAUCUACAAAUGUACAUACCUCCAGCUCCCAGGCAGCCUACCUAAACCCUUCAAUGGAUUCUUCCAGGUUAAUUCCCAAAUCCAUGCAUACAACACAAGACACUGCGAUAACCUUCACCCUUCCCACUGCCGCAUCUCGCAUUGUAAAUUCUCUAGCAGAGACAGAGGUUCCAUACUCUGGAAUUCCUAUCUUCGCAUUGCCAAAACAUCAUCAUCCCUCAAUAACUUCAAGCGUAGACUAGGGGUCAGCCUGAUUAACCAAACUACCCAGUAGUCCUCUCCAUGUAGGCUAGUUGUUACACUCAUUUACACUCUCUUCGGUAGUCCAUCGUAUCCGAUGAUGACUUCCACUUCUGAGUUAAUGGUGAAUUCUUUGGUGACUGUAGAGUCCAAUCCGAGAUCCACAAACUUUAUUGCAGGUGGGGCACAUGCAGUCUGUGCUCCAAUCCUCCUCCCACCUCUGUACACCGCUCUGGCAGAGCUGCCGCCAGGUGGAACGGUCGGCAGCAGCAUCCUCAAGGUCUGUGGGUUUGAUGUUGCACUUCUUCAGCAACGUUUUCAACUGGUCCUUGUAGCGCUUCAUCUGCCCCCCUGCAGACCGCCAGCCAAGAUGUAGCUGGCUAUACAGGAUCUUCCGCGGCAAGCGUUCCUUAGACAUCGUAACGACAUGCCCAAGCCAGCUUAGUUGGUGUUGGGUGACCAUAGCCUCCAUACUCUUGCAGUUGGUCUUAGCAAGUAUUUCUGUAUGGGGCACACAGUCGCUCCAGGUGAUUCCCAGGAUGCGCUGCAGGCAUCCUAUGUGGAAUCGCUCUAGCUGCUUGUUGUGGUGGCUGUAAGUGACCCAGGCUUCACUGCUGUAAAGAAGUGUGGUGAUGCAGACAGCUUGAUAGACGGCGACUUUGGUGUGGAGGUGGAGAUCCCUGUUUUGGAAGACCCUGCGAGUUUCCCGAAGGCAGCUGAUGCUUGCUUGAUCCUAUUUUGAAUUUCGAAGUCGAUGCUGCAGUCCUCCGAGAGGAUGCUGCCCAGGUAUUUGAAGGAUGGGACUAUUGCCAGUGAUUUGUGUUCAAUGGUGAAGACAGGCAUGGUGGGUGGAGGGCUGGAUCUCCAUUGGCAGACCACCUCUGUCUUGGUGGUAUUGAUAGACAGUCCCAUCCUACUAUAGACCCUCACAGCCGCUACAAGGAUGGACUGAAGGUCUUCCGGAGUGUGGGCCACAAGAGCACAGUCAUCUGCAUACUGCAGCUGAAGAACCCGCUCCGUCAAAACCUUGGUGGUUCCUUGGAGCCUCCUGAUGUUGAAUAGGUUUCCAUCCAACCUGAAGUCCACCGCAACACCACUGUUGUCCUCAAGCUCCUUGUGGAGAAGCUAGGUGACACAUAGGAGGAAGAUGUUAAAGAGUACAUGUGCCAGCUCACACCCCUGCCUCACACCGAUGCUUAAUCCAAAGGGCACUGACUCCUGCCCUCCUAUGGCCACCAGAGCCAUCAUCCCAUUUUUGUUUUAGGGGGUGGAUCAGCUUUAAUAUUGGAAAUAGAUUGUGGCGUCUAUCAAUGUAAUUGUCUGCAUCAUUUCCAAUCCCCCAUAUAUAUUUUUUUAUCAAUACAGUAUACAGUAUAUAUUAUUUUAUAUAUAUAUUUUUCUUUAUUAGUUUCUCCUAACCCUACCACCCCUCCCCUAAUUGGAGAAAACUAAUGGACAACAACACUUAAGCUUCUACUUCCAGCUUAUACAUACUGUAUAUAUUUUACGGACACUGGAUAUUUUACAUUAGUUAUCUUUUGUUUGUUUUUAGUCCCAUCAUUCAGCUAGUCUCAACCCCUUCCAUCUAUCUCUGAAGACCAUCCAGUUUUGAUUUCUAUUUGCCAUAUAUUUUUCAACUGUGCUGUGAUAUUUCACAAAAGUUCUGAACCUUUCUAUUCUCAUAGUUUCUACAGAUUGUAAAUUAAAGAUAAACAUUUUUGCUGAGAGUAUAAAUAUAUAAUUGAUUAUGACUUUUCAGAUCACCCAGCAGUGCUAUAUGCAGAGUUAACUCCAGGUAAAUGUUUUCAAUUCUUCAGCCAUUCCUAAACCUGCGACCAAAAACAAGCUACACAUGGACAGUACCAAAACAAAUGAUCUAAUGAUUCUGUCUCUUCGCAGCAAAAUCUGCAGAGCUGGGAUGGUUGUAUCCCCCAUAUACAGUGCAUUCGGAAAGUAUUUCAGUAAAAAACUGAAAUAUUUCAUUUACAUAAGUAUUCAGACCCUUUACUCAGUACUUUCUUGAAGCACCUUUGACAGCGAUUACAGCCUCGAGUCUUCUUGGGUACGACGCUACAAGCUUGGCACACCUGUAUUUGGGGAGUUUCUCCCAUUCUUCUCUGCAGAUCCUUUCAAGCUCUGUCAGGUUGGACGGGGAGCGUCGCUGCACAUAUAUUUUCAGGUCUCUCCAGAGAUGUUCGAUCGGGUUCAAGUCCGGGCUCUGGCUGGGCCACUCAAGGACAUUCAGAGAUUGCCCAAAGCCACUCCUGCGUUGUCUUGAAUGUGUGCUCAGGGUCGUUGUCCUGUUGGAAGGUGAACCUUCGCACCAGUCUGAGGUCCUGAGCGCUCCGGAGCAGGUUUUCAUCAACGAUCUCUCUGUACUUUUCUCUGUUCAUCUUUCCCUCUAUCCUGACUAGUCUCCCAGUCCCUGCUGCUGACAAACAUCCCCACAGCAUGAUGCUGCCAACACCGUGCUUCACCGUAGGGAUGGUGCCAGGUUUACUCCAGACGUGACGCUUGGCAUUCAGGCCAAAGGGAUCAAUCUUGGUUUUCGCCAGACCAGAUAAUCUUGUUUCUCAUGGUCUGAGAGUCCUUUAGGUGCCUUUUGGCAAACUCCAAGUGGGCUGUCAUGUCCCUUUUACUGAGGAGUGGCUUCUGUCUGGCCACUGUACCAAAAAGGCCUGAUUGGUGGAGUGCUGCAGAGAUGGUUGUCCUUCUGGAAGGUUCUCCCUAUCUCCACAGAGGAACUCUGGAGCUCUGUCAGCAUGACCAUCGGGUUCUUGGUCACCUCCCUAACCAAGGCCCUUCUCCCCCGAUUGCUCAGUUUGGCCGGACGGUCAGCUCUAGGAAGAGUCUUGGUGGUUCCAAACUUCUUCCAUUUAAGAAUGAUGGAGGCCACUGUGUUCUUGGGGACCUUCAAUGCUGCAGACAUUUUUUGGUACCCUUCCCCAGAUAUGUGCCUCGACACGAUCCUGUCUUGGAGCUCUACGGACAAUUCCUUCGACCUCAUGGCUUGGUUUUAAUCUAUUUUUGCUAACUUUCUAUAAAAAUGUAUUGUAGUGAGAUCCUUUCGUUCUUUCGGGAUAUGAGUAUGUUCACUUCAUCGUCAAACCAUUUUAUUGGUAAAUUACACGGUAAUGUAAAAGUUGUAUUUUUUAGUGAUCCAAUACGUAAUAUAGUAUCAUAAUUGGUUGUAAUCCAGAGAGGUUAGAAAAAUAAUCUAGAUCCUCAAUGAGGCUAUGGAGGGAUUCAAAUUGUGGAUUUAAAAGAAAACAUGAAUCAUCAGCGUACAAUGACACCUUUUUUUUAAGCCCUGGAUUUCAAGCCCCUUGAUAUUGUUGUUGGAUCUGAUUUUAAUAGCUAACAUUUCUAUGGCCAUAAUAAAGAGAUUAUGCUGAUAGUGGACAACCUUGUUUUACUCCUCUUGACAGUUUAAUACUUUCUGAGAAGUAGCCAUUAUUUACUAUUUUACACGUAGGGUUACUAUACAUAACUUUAACCCAUUGUAUAAGAGAUUCUCCAAAAUUGAAAUAUUCCAGGCAUUUAUAUAUAAAUUCCCGUCGUACUUUAUCAAAAGCCUUUUCAAAGUCAGCUAUGAAUACCAGGCCUGGUUUCCCAGAUUUUUCAUAGUGUUCUAUUGUUUCCAGUACUUGUCGUAUAUUCGACAAUACCUUUUUAAUUCUAUGCGUUAUGCAUUUUGCUAGAAUUUUUGCGUCACAACACUGAGGUGUAAAGGGCCUCCAAUUUUUUUUAUGGACUGGAUCUUUAUAUUUACCACCUGGGUCCUGUUUCAGUAAUAGUGAAAUCAACAUGUUUUUUUCUUGUGUACUGUGUAUAUCAUGUACACAUUUUAAUUAGUGUGCUUGUUUAACAGAUUUAACAAAAAAAUGUGUACUUAUAUUUUUUGUGGUGUGGUUUCUAUAUCUGCCCUGUUGGGCUUCCAACCUCACCUGCACUGUGGUGAAUGUGGUGAAAGGAGUCAGGCGCAGGAGGGUAAUCACCGAAUACAGAGUUUAUUCCUUCGUUGACACACAAAUGCGCUCCAAUAGCGAUCAACUAAACAGGCACAGGGGAAACAAACAUCCCUGGCAAUUACACUGUAACGGAAUCCAAUAAUACAUAGGCACAGGGGGAAAAUCUACCCUGGCAACACAAUGUUAUGAGUAGCUCCACCGAGCUACAUUACUCUCACAAUUAACAAUCACCCACAAGGACAAAGGGGCAGAGGGAACACUUAUACACAGUCUAAUUAGGGGAUAGGAACCAGGUGUGUGUGAUUGACAAGACGAGACAAUUGUGAUGAUGAUUGGGGCGGCAGUUGUAUUGAAUUAUCUGACAACAGCUCUGGUGGACAUUCCUGCAGUCAUCAUGACAAUUGAACGCUCCCGCAAAACUUUUGUAAUCUGUGGCAUUUUGUUGUGUGACAAAACUGCACAUUUGGAGUGACCUUUUAUUGUCCCCAGCACAAGGUGCACCUGUGUAAUGAUCAUGCUGUUUAAUCAGCUUCUUGAUAUGCCACACCUGUCCGGUGGAUGGAUUAUCUUGACAAAGGCUAAAAUGCUCACUAACAGGGAUGUAAACAAAUGUGUGGACAACAUUUGAGAGAAAUAAGCUUUUUGUGCAUAUGGAAAAUUUCGGGGAUCUUUUAUUUCAGCUCAUGAAACAUGGAACCAACUCUUUACGUGUUGCAUUUAUAUUUUUGUUCAGUGUAUGUAAUCUCCUGAGCUGCUUCCCCUAGGCUGCCUUUCAGGUACUGUAGCUAUAGCCUAGUUUAGGGUGUGUGUGUGUUACCUUCCAGGGUAUCUAGCCUGGUAAAGGGAGUAUCUGCAUGUUAUCACAGAUAGGUAAUUACUUAGCAGGCAAAGCUGACCUGAGGAAUGUAGACUUGUCCCUUCCCCCUAAACUUACCCCCUCUACCCCUACACCCCUCCCCCUCUGCCCCUCUCCUCCAUGUCUCCCUUCCCCCUAGACUCAUCUACCUUUCCCUUCCCUCCCCCUACACUGGCAUUCCCCCACCUCCUUUCUAUUACAAUCACCCUCUUUUUCCUCCCUACACUCACCCCCUUCCUACAUUCACCCCCCUUUCCUCGCUUCCUCCCUCAAACCCUCAUUGACGGAACAACCCUCUCUCCUGUGAGGCUCAAAGUUCACCCUGACGCUUUCACUGAAUUCCUAGAUUACCUGUAAUCUUUUUCUUUUUUUAAAGGAAAGGGAAAAAACUGUUUGUACAAGGCUGAAUGGAAUGGAAUUAUCAGUGUUUUUGGCAUAGCGAAAAUGGUAUAUCGAGGGGUGAAUGUAAAAAGUGCACCAUUGCACAACACAACAGAGUUUUGCCCAAAGACUGAAAAGCAUAUCUGUGGAAUCAGUCUGCGUCUCCUCAUCACAAGUAACGGGAAAUAAGUACUAACCAUUUCCAUUCACCCCGACCUCAGUCACCUAGGCCCCUUUCCUGAGUACUUAUUUCCCGUUACUUGUGAUGAGGAGAGUUAAGCUGAAGUCCCAGGCUGCCUCCCAAAUGGAACCCUAUUCUUUACAUAUUACACUACUUUUGACCAGAGCCCCCCAUAGGGCCCUGGUCAAAAGUAGUGCACUAUAAAGGGAAUAGAGUGCCAUUUGGGAUGCAAUCCCAGUGUGGGCUGUGGGCUUUGUGCUGGCUCUGACGCAUACUGACUGAGUCACUCUACAAACUGUCCUUGAGCAGAGGGAAACACACCCCUUCUUGCCAGGACUGAACAUCAACAUUGCUGGACAGAGGCGAAGCCAUAGCAGGGCCGGGCAUAGGCCCUGCCAGAUUGAACACUGGCCCUCCCAAUCAGGAUGGCUUAAAACAUAUUUUUUAAAUAAAAAAUGAAAGAAAUGAUUUUGAUUUGUUGUUUGUAUUGUCUCCUGACUGUAUCGCAAUUAUAUGGUACAACUUAUUGUAAUAGCGUUAGAUAUGGAUCAUUGUUAUAUUGUCUAUGGUAAUAACAAUAGUGGUAGGCUACAUAGAUUGUAGCCUACUUAUAACUGUUACAGCCUACCUGCCCCCAUGAAAAUGAAACAAUAUACUCUCAAAAUGAUAACUUGGAUUUAAAUACAGGGCACUUGCACCCAGCCAACAAUAACAUUUCAUAAUUUCGUAUAAGUCACUUUAGUCACACUAUCCUGGCUCAAGACAGAAACAUAUUAUCAUUCCACUCUGCUUCUACUCUGUCUGACUAGACACUAUGAUGACAUCUGGGUGAAAUCCCAAGUGCAUUAUAUACUGUAUAUGAAGGAGAUGAGAGUUUAUUUCUGUGUGCUGCCUAGUCUAAAUUGGCCUUUAAAGGAGGUUUCAACUGUAAUUUGUGGCUGUUCUGUGUAUUUCACUAUCAGAAAGAACAGGUGUAGUUGUAGCUGUCAUGUGAAUUAAUGAAUUAUGCUGUUAUGUGUUUAUUAUCUAAUAUGAAUGCCACAACAAAAGUUCCCUCUGGGAAAAAUAAAGUGAUUCUAUUUUAUUCUAUUCAUUUCUAUUCUCUUCUAUGCACAUUCAUACUACUAUGUGGCUGAGAGUGAGCUUUUGCACACACACAUUGUGCACACUUGAGGGCUAAUCAGGGUAGAUACACAAGGAGGCAGAGUGUUAAGGGACUGUGUUGCCAAGCAACUUGCAGUUGAUUAUAAAAACACGUGUGCCAUUACAUGAUAAUAUGAGCCAUCCCAGGACAUCAGUGUUUUUUUUAUUUUUUAUUUAACCUUUAUUUAACCAGGUAAACCAGUUGAGAACAGGUUCUCAUUUACAACUGCGACCUGGCCAAGAUAAAGCAAAGCAGUGCAAUAAAAACAACACAGAGUUACAUAUGGGGUAAAAAAACAUAAAGUCAAAAAUACAACAGAAAAUAUAUAUACAGUGUGUGCAAAUGUAGCAAGUUAUGGAGGUAAGGCAAUAAAUAGGCUAUAGUGCAGAAUAAUUACAAUAGUAUUAACACUGGAAUGCUAGAUGUGCAAGAGAUUAUGUGCAAAUAGAGAUACUGGGGUGCAAAAGAGCAAAAUAAAUAACAAUAUAGGGAUGAGGUAGUUGGGUGGGCUAAUUUCAGAUGGGCUGUGUACAGGUGCAGUGAUCGGUAAGGUGCUCUGACAACUGAUGCUUAAAGUUAUUGAGGGAGAUAAGAGUCUCCAGCUUCAGAGAUUUUUGCAAUUCGUUCCAGUCAUUGGCAGCAGAGAACUGGAAGGAAUGGCGGCCAAAGGAGGUGUUGGCUUUGGGAAUGACCAGUGAGAUAUACCUGCUGGUGUCCUGAUAAUGACAUAAGGUUUGAUGGUGAUAGUGUAAUGCCAUGCACCUUUGCCAAAAUAUCAUCAGGUUGGGCCAUGGCCAAUAUAAUUAUAUUAGUCCCAAUGUUAGAUAUGAUUAAUGAUAUGUAUUUAUAAUGGAUAAUGUUUUUGAAGACUAUACAAGCUACAAAAAGCCUUUAUAAAAUACCAAUAAAGGUUAAAUGUGUGUCCAGACUGUCAUACGGAAUAGUAACAUAAAAAAGUCUUAAUGUCCAAAGUCAUACAUGUUCACUGUCUGGUGGUUUCCAGGUUUAACAAAUAGCCUACAUGGAAAGAGGAACACAGAAAAGCGCGCUUUUUAACGCACAGUCACAUAGAAUGCUACACACUACCAGUGGCUGGGAGCUGGGAGAGCGCUAGUCAAAUCACAAUCCCAGUCAGAUUCUGAACUGAAUUUCCCUGUCUGACGUCAGCUGACUGCCUGCCUUGGCUACGCUCUUCGCUCCAGACAUAGUGCUGCUGCUGUAAAAAUGCUGCUCUCUGUGCCGCCGAGGACAGGAUUCAACCCAUACAACGGCUAUACAAGCAGAACUAGUAAAAAGGUAAAGCGAUGUAUUUGACUCCAUCUGAAUAAUGUGCUAUAUGUAGGUUAUAUGCCGGUCUCAUUCCUCCUGGAUCGUUUGUAGCAGUUAGGUUGCUCGGCUAUUAAGCUGCAGUGUCCUUGAAAGUGGACCAUAUACGAUACAAAUCAACUAUAGGCUAUUUUGUCGAUUUAAAAUAGCUUUUAACUCCUUUCUAUCCUCCAAAUAAGAUUGUGAAUAGAUAAUAGAAUAGAAUACCGGUAUAAUGCAUGCAUUUAUUUUAGGCUAUGCGUCGGGGUGAACGUUAGCGCUCUUCCUCGCUCUAUUCAUUGGCACAGAGAAAGUCAAUGCACGGAUUAAACUUGCGCGGCGAAUAGCCUUGAUCAUUUUGCGCUAGUUCUCGGGUUUAAUACCAAUGGCUAAUUGUAAACUCAACGACCAAUUGAGAGUAAGGUCUCUCUUUGAAUAGACCAGUAACCUAAAUUAACCAAAUAAGUUUAUUUAGCGUAAAGGUUUGCACAACCCCUUGAAAUCCAACCUGGUCUCAGAGCAUUUCGUAUAAUUCUGUAUGUAAAUUCGAGACACUCCAAUUAGUAUGAUAUGUUAGGUUUGUAUGAUAUGUAUUAAUUUGUGGAUGUCCAUCACUCAUUUCAUAUGCUAUGUUACGAAUUUGCAAAAGGUAUGAUUUGUUACGAAUUCUAGCUAGGUGGCUAGGUGGCAAACGUUUGCUAGCUGGCUAACUUUAGCUAGGCUAGGGUUUAGGUGUUAGGAUUGUUUAGGGGUUAUGUUAAAGCGAUAAGGAUUUACAUUUACUAUGUUACGUCUAGUCUAUGAGACCAGGCUGUGAAAUCCAAUAUGAUCUGAUGGCUGGAAACAUUGGCCAAUAUAAUACAGUGAUUUAUAGAUAUGGAAAUAUGAAUACUGUAGCCUAUUGAAAUAGUUCAAUUCAAUAUGCUUAUUGAUUAUUAUUUAACAAUUUGUAACAACUGAACAGUUUGUAAUGAUAAUUGAUAUUGAUUGGCAGUUGAUAAGAUUUUUUAAUUUUUUUAUUAACCAUUUAAAGAUGUACUCUGAUGAUUUGCUAUAUAACAUCCAGAGAACAGAAAAAAUAUAAUUUACAUUUUACACAUUUAGCAGACACUCUUAUCCAGAGCGACUUACAGUUAGUGAGUGCAUACAUUUUCAUACUGUCCCCCCGUGGGAAACGAACCCACAACCCUGGCGUUGCAAGCGCCAUGCUCUACCAACUGAACUACAGGGGACUAUGAAGUUGAAUAUGGAGUGUUGGAUUGGGUGAGAUAUUAAGGGAAUUGAAAUUAAGAAACUAUAAAGCACAUAUUUUUUCACAGGUAGCAUAAUUGUAAAAUAAAACAUUAUAAUUCACUUUUUUUGUGAUCCUAGUUUUGAUCCUGAUGCUUUCACAUUAUGGAUGGGAAAAAUUGCAUGUUUCUUCUGUCAAUAGCAUAUUUUAUUAUUCUACAUUGUGAAUCUUGGUGUUGACUUGGUGCAACAUUGCUGACAUAGGCCAUGGUAGUGUUUAACUUUCCUGAAACAUAACACUAGUUCCCACCUCCCAGGGCUGUGUUAUUCCUUUCCCUGCGUCAUGGUUAGCAGGAAUUCAGAUUGCUCAGAUUCAUGGAAUUCUGUUUGCAUCCCAAAUGGCACCCUAUUCCCUAUACAGUGCACUACUCUGGCUUCAAACAAGGUGCUCAUGUCAGGAUAGAAGGGGUGUCUGCUACUCCGCUUUUGCAAACUCAUGCCUUUUUUUUUGCUCAUUGUGAGAGCUCAAAAGUCACUCUGAGGGAAAACAUGUAAACCCAAGGUCAAGUGGCAAACUCUGCUCUGUGUAUUUUUUAUACAAGGGGAAAAGGGUGGAGGAAAGAGAGGGAUUAAGAUUUUUUUUCACUUUCUUUUCUUUCUUUCUUUCUUUCUUUCUUUCUUUCUUUCUUUCUUUCUUUCUUUCUUUCUUUCUUUCUUUCUUUCUUUCUUUCUUUCUUUCUUUCUUUCUUUCUUUCUUUCUCCUGCUUUUGAUUACCCACCUCUCCUCCUCUCUUCCCUCCUCCCCCAUUUUCUUAUUUUUUCCCUCUCACAUACCUUGAUUUCUUUGGCUGUGAGUGGUUCAGAUCCCAUGGACAAGGGAGCCACCAGAUCUUUCCUCUGUAUAGAGUGAAGCGAACCCCUUUUCUCAAACCCUAUGUGUUUUUCUCUUUCUUCAGAUUGCUCUUUCUUCAUUUUCUCUUUCUUUAAUGUAUUUUCUGCGUAUCUAAAACAAAAAGAGUUUGCAGGUUUAGGUUUUUUGUGCCUUUGAGUGUAGAAUUGGAUUGACUCAGAGAGAGGAGGAGAAGGAUGAAGCCCCACCUGCUGUCUCUAUAUUGUUGAAGAGUUGGUGAGGUUGCAGGUUGAAGUAGAAGCAUCAGAAGAGUGCCAUCGCUGUUUUUUCACCCCAAAACCUUUUCUGCACACUGUGGCAGAAUCCAGUACCAGGCAGCAAAAACAGAGAGCUUGUUUUUUCAUAAACAUGAUCUUUUCUACCAUGCCUCUGAAAAUCUCUUGUGCCAAGCAGGUAGGCCUUUGCUUUUUCAGACAGAUUUUUCUUCUUCUGUAUUUUAAGAUAAAACAUGUAUUUAUUUUCACAGAAAUAGAUUGUCAUGCAAUGUGUGAUGUGUUUGUGCCGAAUGUGCAAUGUUGACAGAUUUUGAAAAUGUGUUUAUUGAGAACUGAAUAUGAAUAGAACUGGGAUCAUAUCAGUAAAAUAUCAAGGUUUUCUCCUUGGAUCUUCUUCUCCAAAGCUUUCCUUGCUUCCCUGUGACGCUUUGAGAAGGAGGUAAGGAGUGUGGAUGUGAGGAAUCGAAGAACAUACUUUUGAGAUUCACCCCAGCUGUGGCCUGAGGUGUGUGAGCAAAAAUCCAUCACGUGCUGUGUACAGCAACAUACUGUACAUUGUGGAAACAGACACCCAAUAACCUCCAGGGCUAAUAGUACAGUGCUAUAGUUCAAUGAGAGAAGAAGGAACAGCUCAGAGCAAUCACCCACACUUUAAAAUGUCUCUUAAAUAUGUCCUAUUAUGUACUGGUAAAGAAUGGAAAGACUGCACUUGGGAUAUUAUAUUGUAUAAAGCCCUAUUGCAAUACAUUCUAAAGGCUCUAAGUGCUUCUAACAAGAUAUAGAGCAUUGUACAUUUAGGUAAUAAAGUGUUAACCGGGGGAUUUUAAAAGUAGGGUUUUCCUAGCCUGGUGCUGGAUCCUGUCUGCUUGUGCUAUUAGCCAACUCCUCUCUGUGUUCGAUCAUUGGUAUGCCAAAGAUGUAUGGCUUGCCAAUGGUAGAAGUGUCGGCUACAGCACAUACAAACAGUAUGGGACAAGACUAGGAUUUUCCCACUACUCAGUCACAUUUAAAGAAAAACUCCACCCAAAAACUAUAUUUUGGUAUUUGUUUCAUUAGUCCAUUGUUGAUAUAGUCCCAAAAUAUUUUGCAUGUCAGCAAUCAAGUUUUCAAGAUAUAUAACUUUCAAAAUAUAGAAAUACAGCCGGUAUGAUGCAUUUUGCAUCAUAUGAUGCAAAACGCAGCAUCAUAUUUAUGUAUUUUGAAAGUUACAAAUGUUGAAAACAUGAUUGCUGACAUGCAAAAGAUGUUGGGACUAUAUUAACAAUGGACUAAUGAAACAAAUACCAAAACAUAGUUAUUGGGUGGAGCUUUCCUUUAAGCCUUCAUUGUCUUGAGAGACACAUUCUUUAGUCUGUGUUCCGGUACUAAUGAGGCUUUUAGGAAUGUGGAGAACGUGAAAACGGCUGUAGAAAAGAAACACCCUCUGUCUUACCCCCCAUUCUGAGGGUAACUAACUAACACAAACAUUUGUUUAUGGCGUGGGAAUGUAAAGAAAUAAUUUAACUCCACAUUCUAAUGCUGCUGCUGCUGCUGCUGUGGUAAUGACACAAGAUUUGUGAUUUAUAAGCAUGUUCAGAAACAAAUGAAAGAUGAACUACACACACUGACUGCACACAUUAUUUGUUCUUUAUCUAACCAGGUGAGUCCCAUUGAGAUAUGAAUCUCUUUUUCAUGGGAGCCCUUCUGUACUGUUUGGCAGAACAGAACACCUGGAGCUGGCAGGCAGGCCGCAGGCAGACAGGCAAGCAGGCAGCAGGCAGCAGCCAGACAGACAGACAGACAGACAGGCAGGCAGGCAGGCAGGCAGGCAGGCCGCAGGCAGACAGGUAGGCCGCAGGCAGACAGGCAGGCAGGCAGGCAGACAGGCAGACAGACAGACAGGCAGGCCGCAGGCAGGCAGACAGACAGGCAGGCAGAUGGGAGCCUGGUGGGUAUGGAUCCAUCUGAUUCGCUGGUUCUCUGCCAUCUUCCUUGUCUUAGAACGAGCAGAGCAGAGCAGCCUUAAUGAGACAGUACCUUCUGACUGGAGAGCACAUGAGAGGGAUUAGUGCCUUCCUCUAGCAAGCUCCCCAAUUAGCUCCCCCAGGCCCCAUCCAUCCAUCCCCAUCCAUCCAUCCCCAUCCAUCCAUCACAUAUAUCCAGACAGGUCUCAUCCAGCAGCAUACAGCUCUAUUUAGCACCAGAGCCAGGCUCCAUCCUCUAUCAAACAGCACAUCAAUCCUUUAGCCAGGCCCAGGCCACAUCUAUCCCGCCCCAUCAUCCAUCCAACACACAGAUCCAGACAGGCCUCAUCUAGGCCUAGGCCCCAUCCAGCAUACAGAUUUUUAUCUACCACCAGGCUUAAUACAACUCCAUUCAGUAUCAUACAGAUUCUAUAGCCAUACCCUGACCCAGCACCAUCCAUUCACCAGCCACAUACAGAUACUAUCUACCCAGUACCCAGGCAGGUGCAUCCCUCCUGAUAGGGUCUCCAUGCAGGCUGGUAGGCUGGGAGUGAAGGCAAGAGCAAGCCACAGGAAGAGGUUGUGAUUGUGGGAAAACAAACAGUGUGCUGCCAUGCUACUGAUGCUGAAAAGAGGCAGAUUAGAGGUGUAGAAUGGCUAUGGUGAAUGAAUGGGCUCUGUGAGAGUAACAACUGUGAUUAAUGAAGGGGUGGUAAAACUCUUCUGGUUUAUGGAGGGGUUCAAGGCUGGGUGCUGCUGGAUCUUGUGAUGGCCAUGUUGAAUACAAAACUGUGGAAACACAGACAGAAAGGUACAGCAGUAGAGCAAUGGUUUGGGAAGGAUGUAAACUGUUAGAGAGAGAAGAGGAGGAGGAGGAGGAGGGGAAAGAGGAAGAAGAGCAACUGUUUCAUUAGAGCGGGUUACCAAUGGUCCAGGUAGUUGGACACCACUAGGUUAGUACUGCAGCAGAGUGGAGCAGGGGGUUAUUAACAGAGUGGGAGGUGACUACUGGGGGCUGGAAUCAAGCUCAUUCGGCUACUGAGGUCCAUCCAAUUUCCCCUCCAAAGCGGGGUUAGCUCAGUCUUGAUAUAAAUUGAGUUGUGUCUAUUGCAGCCCUGCAGAGUGCCGACUCAACUGAAAUGUGAUUCAUGUGAAGAGUUCUCUGUCUAGAAGUGUAUCCAUGGUCUGGUGAUUAUAGGUCAUGAUGGUAAUGUUUUAUGUUAUGAUUGCCCCCAUUACAGACCAUGGUAGCCUUACACUGAAAGCCUAUCUAGCAGACAGUUAAGUACACUGCAAUCCUAUCUAGCAGACAGUUAAGUACACUGAAAUCCUAUCUAGGAGGCAGUGUAGUGAAAUAACCAAAUUGAUAUUGAUUUCUCAGCCCUGGCCCCGGAUCAUUGGGUGCUAUAUUGACAUGUUGCCCUUUGCUUAACCAUCCACUGUAACUGGUGAUCCUGCUAAUUGUUUUCUUAAUAGAUUUUUGUAGAUUAGGUUACACUCUAGUUAAGUAUAAGUAGGUGGAUCAUGAACAGCCUGGAGAGUUGACUGAUAACAGCCCAGAUGUGAUCUAAUGGACGUGCCUUUUCAGGAUUGUGGACUGUAGAGGAUUGUAGCAUUUUACUGUGACAGAUUGGGGUUCAAAUCUGGGUUUCCUGCCCAUUUUAGCCUGCUGAGCCAAAGCCUAUAGGCAUAACGUCUCAAGCAAGGUUAGCCUACUCAUCACACAAAUUGGUUUUAUCAAACCACCUCCGUUACAUCAUCACCAGAUGUCUAAUCUCACCCAGAAUCAAAUCUUGUGUACAUGCUAGCCAGCUACUACCCAAUGUAAUCAUAUCUUGUUGCUGAUGUCAUAUCCCGUCUCUGUCUCGCCCCAGCCGACAUAUGUGUCCUCCAGCCACCAGAUGUCUCUAACCAGCCCGAACCCCACCACCACCAGCAGCAGCAGUAACGGCAGCCUCAGUGCAGAGCAGCUGAGCAAAACUAACCUCUACAUCCGCGGCCUCCACCCGGGAACCACAGACCAGGACCUUGUCAAACUGUGUCAGCCGUGAGUAGCUCAUCAACAAAUCACUCCUCUACCACACAACACCUCACAGUGAAGCUAUGGCUCUGU